UAGCUUUCAAUGUGUUAAAAUGUCUAAGAAAUUCGUACAUUCCGUCAAAGUUCCGAGACUUUACAAGACUGCUACGAAAAUCGUUCGGGAGGUUCGUGAGAAUAGUGGCAGUCUUAAAUCGUUGAUUUAUCAACAGAAUCAUCCUAACGUCUCCGCGAUAUAUUCUUUGUGCAUCAAUACUUUGAAAAGGGAAGAGCAAAUAGAACAGCUGAUAAAGAAAACUGAUUUACUGGUGAACGAACCGCGUUUCGAUCCGUGGCUAGCGAAAGUCCUGAUAACAGAGUUGCUCUGGGGCAAAAAGGAUUUGAAAGGCAAAGCGAAACCUAUCACAACUAUACUAUGUUAUAAAGAAAAGUUGAAGGCUGCGUUGAAAGACACCGACGAUACUGCGCCUUCUCGAUCGCUCGACGUAUCAGUGAAGAAACCAAGAUACGUUCGUAUUAACACUAUAGUAGUGCCAUUAGAAAAGGGGAUAUCUUAUUUCCAAGCCGAAGGCUGGUCUCUCGUUCCAAGAUGUUCGAGUUAUGUAGAACAUUUAAAUGUCGUAAAAACUCUAGAGAAACCAAAUUUCAUACAAGACUUCCACGUCCCGGAAUUACUUGUUUUCCCACAUAAGACAACUUUCUUUGAUCAUCCUGGAUAUCAAAACGGAGAAAUUAUUUUACAAGACAAGGCAAGUUGUCUUCCAUCGAAAUUGUUGAAUCCGCCACCCGGAUCUGUGGUGCUCGACAUGUGCGCAGCUCCUGGAAUGAAAACAACUCACUUAGCUGCACUAAUGGAAAACACUGGAAAAAUUUACGCGACGGAGAUCAACGAUCGGCGAUUUGAGAGUUUAUGCUCGCAGGUGAACAAGACGGGAGCGACUUGCGUUAAAACUAUAAAAAAAGACGCGUUAGAACUAGAGCCAGACGAGUGUCCCGACGUCGAAUAUAUUCUAGUCGAUCCAACGUGUUCUGGUUCAGGUAUGCACGACAGGGAGGUGAUACAUGGUAAAGAGAAAUGCAAUCCUGCACGAUUGAGGCAAUUGCGAGCGUUCCAAGUUUUCCUGCUACGCCACGGUUUAUUGAAUUUCUGCAAAGCGAAGAGGGUCGUCUACAGCACUUGUUCCAUCAAUCCCGAAGAAAAUGAAAAAGUGAUAGAUGAAAUUCUAAUGAAUGUGCAGAAUGCAUACAAACUUGUACCUAUCAAGGAAUUAUUAGAACAAGAAUGGCUGAACUUCAGCUCGAGGAAGUACAAUUGCUCGAACACGUGCCUUUAUGCGAAAUUUGAAUCUGAUCUCUGUAACGGCUUCUUCGUUGCAGUAUUCGAACGAGACUUUGACGUACCCCUGCCGGAAUACAAACGCAAAGAACGUGGUAAGCCGUACGAUGCCACGUAACGAAUUGUGAAAGAGACGUAUAAGUUACGAAUAUUAACAUGAAAAAAUUAAUGAUUCGAUAAAAAAUAUCGAAGCUAAUGAUUCUUCUGAUAAUGAGGAUAGCGAAGUUAUAAUUAAGAAAAAUAUCGUAUAGUAACGUCGAUUUUCUGGUUCGUUUAAAGUAUAAAAAAAAAUGGCAAGAACCAUACAGGAAGAUAGUCUAGCAUGAUCAUGUUCUUUUUUGAUAUUGAAGAAAUAAUAAAUGUAUAUUGACGAAUCGAAGAAUAAAUAAUGUUUCUUUCCCU